AUGUCUUACCAGCAGCAGCAGUGCAAACAGCCUUGCCAGCCACCUCCUGUGGUGUGCCCACCUAAGUGCCCUGAACCAUGCCCACCCCCAAAGUGCCCAGAGCCAUGCCCACCUCCAAAGUGCCCAGAGCCAUGCCCACCCCCAAAGUGCCCACCUCAGCCAUGCCAGCAGAAAUGCCCUCCGGUGCAGCCACCCUGCCAGCAGAAGUGUCCACCCAAGAGCAAGUAA